ACUGAUUCAUCUGCGUACGUUAGUCUCCCUACUUAGGACCAGUGAACAUAGGACCAGUGGCCACCAGUGGUUUGGAAUCUUUUAGAUUUUUUUUGAGUAGGAAAUAUUUUAGAUUGAUGGAUAAAAUAAAAACCUUCGCUUAGUAACGGGCCCACGCAAAUAUUGUCGCCACUUGCUGUCCAGCCCAUGAUGUGAUAGGCCCGCUCUCUAUCAGUCACCAAUCACCACCUCAUGUCAAAGCGGGACUUGCAACCUUUUAGGUAAACUACAUUUCCCUCCCUGAACUAAAAUGAAAUAUCAUUUGGACUCAUCAUCUUUGGGAAAAUAUCACUCCUCUAAUUUACAAGAAAAAAAAAUACUAUCUAACAACACCCGACCGUCGUUCUGACUCUUAAGUCAAAUUAGUUUUUUCAUAAUCUCCAAAAUUUGUUCCUACUCUAAAGUCGAGUUAGAUUUUUCAUAAUCCCUAAAAUACCUCCAAUUUGUGUAAUACCUAGGCUACCCUUAUACCAUACGAAACCCUUUCCUUCCCUCUUUCUCCCAUUCUCUGCAAAAUCGCAAGUUAGAGAAACAUUUCAUUCCCUCUUUCUCCCAUUCUCUCUGCAAAAUCGAAAGUUAGAGAAACCCUUUUCCUUCCGUCUCGCUUGAAGGAGAAGGAGAAGGAGACGGAGAAGGAGGAGGAGCAUCGGCUAGGAGAAUCUUCAAUCGGCUAGGAGCAUCGGCUCUAGGAGGCGGAGAAUCUUCAAUCGGCUUCAAGUUCUUGCAAUUCGGCUUCAAGGAGAAGGUAACACCCAUUCGCUGAAUCAUCUUCAAUCGGCUUCUUCUUCCUCUUUUUCAUUUUUUUUUUUGUAGUUUGUAAUUGGCUUCCCUAUUACCCUGUGAAUGCUAGGUAACACCCAUUCACUGAUUCUCUGUUCUUUAGAAAUGGGUUCAAAUAUUCUACAUUGAAUCCUGAUUAAAGGUUUUGAGAGUUUUGGUUUAUUUUGAAACAGGGAAAAUGAGGGAGAUAUAGUAAUAUCCCCAUCUAACUUCUUCUUCUUCUUCCUUUCUUUGAGAGCUCUGUCUGUGUUAUUUUAUAUUUGUUACUUGCUAUCACCAUGAAUUCUUUUUAACUACUCUUUGUAGAUUAUUGUGAAUAGUUUAGCAUUUGAAUAUCUAAAUUCUUGUCCUAUCCUCAAAUCUUGAUGACCUAUCUCUUUCACUGUCUCCCCCAACCCUUACUGAAAUCGUUUAGAAUUGCAGUAGAUUCAGUUCUUAAUUGGGCCAAAAGUUAUCAAAUUUUACACUCUCAGUAUCUAGAAGGAUAUGAUAAUAUAAUUUUUAUGGGCCAUCUUAACUAAAGUUCAGUCAGGAUUGGCCAAUCCAGACAAGGACAGCCAAUCCUUGAGCCUACUUGUUUUGGCUCCACACUUUCACAGAGUAUGAUAAGAUCCUGCAAACAUUUAUUUUUUUUAAAGCUCUAUUUUCCUAUAGUUUGAACAUUCAUUCAUUUUUUUUUUUUCUCUUUUAAUCACUAAACUUUCUAUAUUGUUGUAGUUAUCACUCAGCUUUCUCUAUUGUUGUAGUUGGAAGGACCACUUGGAAAGAUCUACUUCUGUUCUGUUAUGGAGAUAAGGGGACCAUGUGAUGUUAUAUCCAAUACAUUCCCGGGAUCUCAUCACAGAUGGUGUAGUAAACAUCUAUAUGCUAAUUUGAAGUCUCUACAUCCUGGAGUAUUAUUGAGAAAGCAUUUCUGGAAAGUAGCAAAGGUAUCAAAUCAGUUUUACUUUGAUAAAGCAAUGAAUGACAUGAAAGCCACCAAGAAGGAAGCUUUUGAUUGGCUGAGUAGGAAUCCUCCAAAUAUGUGGGCAAGGUAUGCCUUUGAUUUCAGAUGUAAAUCUGAUCAUAUCACUAAUAAUAUGACAAAAUCAUUUAACCAGUUGAUUGGACCGUACAGGGGAAAACCAAUACUGAUUUUGAUUGAUGAGAUCAGGAAGAUUUUAAUGAAGAAGAUGCAACAAAGAUAUCAAUUGGGGUGUAGCUUUAAGGGUAGAGUCACACCUAAAAUCAAGACUAAAUUGGAUGUGGUGGCCACUGAAGCUAGGGGUGCAUGGUCCUUACUGCUGGAACAGAUGAAUUUGAAGUCACAGAUAGUGAUGGGAGAUAUAUGGUAGAUCUAAGGAAGCGUACUUGUACCUAUAGAGUAUGGGAUUGUUCAAGACUGCCAUGCAAGCAUUCAGCCACUUGUGUAAGAUACAAGAGAGAGAGCUUGGAAAAGUACUGUGAUGAGUACUACAGUGUGGCAAAGUACAUGAUAGUUUACAAGGACAUUAUUCAUGCAAUGCCUGGUCUAGAUGAUUUGAAGGAGGAACACAUGAUGGGGAUUGUUCAACCUCCACCUUUAAAAAGGUUGGUUGGUGGACCAACUAAGUGCAGGAGAAAGGCCCCAGAUGAAGAACCAUCAGGAUUGUUCAGAAGAAGAUCCCAAACUAUCUGGUGAAAGACAAAGCUGCUUCUUCUGGGAAGAUAGUAGGGACAAAAGUAUUAGGUUUGAUUCUACAAUAAGUAUAAGUAAAUUAUAGUUGCAUGUUACUAAUCAUGUUUUCUUUCUGGUUUGUGUAAAGGAAGGAGAGAAGUAUGGGAAGCCAAUCUACCAUCAACAAUUCAUAGAUAUUGACCAGGUCACAAGCUUCCUCUACCACUACUGAAGUAAGCAUACAAUUGAAGGCCAAAGCACAGUUGAAAUCAAAAGAAGAGAAAAGAAAAGCACGGGAAGCGCAGAAAAAGUCAAGGAAUGAAUGGAGUACAUCUGGAGCACACUGAAAAGGUUGAAGGCUUUCAAAUGGGAUUGAACAUAUUAGCUUGGGAUGGGAUGGGAUAUCACUCUGUAAUCUUUUUUUAGUAUUAUUGUAUUCCUUAAGUAGGUGGAUGGCACUAGUAAUUACCUAAUGUGUUUUUUAUUUUUAUUUUUUUUGGAGAUAUUAUACUUGCUAUCAGUUCUUGAAUCAUUGGCUGAUGUGGUUUUUUAUGUUUUUUUGGGAGAUAUUAAACUUAUAUGUUUAUUAGACAUGUUAAAUUUAUAUGUUCA